AUGGAAAAGCAGGAUACUGUUUAUGAUUUAUGUUGCUUGAAUAAAAUUGGAGUGUGUGGGUUGUUGGAGACCAAACUUAAGAAUGAUAGAAUAAGUGAGAUGAUGACAAGGAAAUUCCCUAAUUGGAACUGGUAUACUAGUCCGAUAGUUGAGAAUAGAAUUCUGGUCAUGUGGAGGAAGAAUUUCACUCGGGUUAUUGUUGUUAGGGAAGACCCUCAAUUUAUUCAUUGCUAUGUGAAGUUGGCGGGUUAUUCUGAAGCUAUGAAUGUCACUUUUGUGUAUGGCUUUAAUACAGGUGAGGAAAGGAAGGAGUUGUGGGAGGGAUUGAUUGAUCUCAAGGUCAAUGCUAAACCGUGGCUAAUUACAGGUGACUUUAACUCUUUAUUUGAGUUGGAAGAUAGGAAGGGUGGCAAGGAUGUCAAUCUAAAUGAUAUAAGGGACUCAACCAAUUGGCUUACACAAAGUCACUUGGAUAGACCUCUUAAAACUGGUUCGGGGUUUACUUGGACGAACAACCAAGAAGGGGAUAAGAGGAUAUAUUCCAAAAUUGAUCACACUUUUGUGAAUGAAGAUUGGAAUGAUAGCUUUCCCUUGACCAAAGCGCACUAUAGUUGGGAGACAACCUCAGAUCACUGUUUGUGUGUGGUUUCAAUGACAACCAAUGUGGAUAUUGGAUUCAAACCGUUCCGGUAUUAUAAUUUUUGGGCUGAUCACCCAGAUUUUAAAAGAGAGGUUUUUGACAAUUGGUACAAACCGAUUGGAAGAGAGGGCAUGAUGGGAUUAUACUUGAAGCUUAUGAGACUGAAGCACACAAUCAAGAAGUUUAAUAGAGAGAGAAUUGGGGAUGUUGGGAGGAACUUUCAAGUAGCUAAGGACCUAUAUAUUCAAGCUAGAAUUCAAGCUCAGGAACACCCACAUGACACAAACUUUCAACAAAACGAAAAAGAGGCAACAAAGAAUUUUAACACUCAAGAGAAGAUGUAUCACAGUUUUCUGAGACAGAGAAGCAAAAUCACUUGGUUAUGUAAAGGGAUGAGAACAAUGCCUUUUUUCAUGCUUUCCUAA